CAAACCAGUGUAGCAGCAAUCAGGCAAAGAGGGUUACAGUUCAAGAGCAUAUAGUAAGAAGAUGUCAACUGCCAGAGCUCUAGCCACCAUGGCGCUCUUCCUCCUGGUGGCACUCCCCACCUCUCACGCUGUGUCAUCCCUCCGCUCAGGCCUCGGUGCCUGCCGUGCCAGCGGCUUCCUCCCAGGAAAGUCCGGCAAUUGUGAGAAGAGCAAUGAUCCGGACUGAUGUGAGGACGGAAAGAAAUAUCCAUAGUAUCAUUGCUCGCCGCCGGUCAACCGCCGCCACAAAGGCCGUCCUGACACUUAACAGCUUCGAGAAGGGCAAAGGUGGUGGCGGUCCGUCGGAGUGUGACAAGGCUUACCAUAGCAACAAGGAGAUGGUCGUGGCGCUCUCGACAGGCUGGUUCGAAAACAUGGGUCGUUGUGGCCACCGUAUCAAGAUCACUGCCAACGACAAAUCCGUAUAUGCCAAGGUGGUGGACGAGUGUGACUCCGUCUACGGCUGCGAUGUUGAGCACAACUACGAACCACCCUGUGACAACAACAUAGUUGAUGCCUCGCCAGCGGUGUGGAAUGCCUUAGGGCUCGACCAAAACAUCGGUAUGGAAGGCAUCACAUGGUCCGACGAGUAAGCACCGGUUGAUCCCUGUGAUCUAUGACUUGUCGAUCCAGCGUCAUGUACAUGCUUUCAUUGUUUAUAGACAUGCUUUCAUUGUACACAGUAGC